UGCCUAUAUAAACCCGGUUCCCUCAUCACCACCUCACCAUUCUCCUUACAGCCUUUACAGAGGAAGGACCUGGACCAACUCUCCUGUAACUCAACCAAGAUGAUGAAGCUUGUCGUCCUCGCUCUGGCACUGACAGCCGCUAGUGCCGGCACCAUCUACUCAGCUGGCCUGCCCUACGCUGGCCUGCCCUACUCUGGCCUGCCCUACGCUGGCCUGCCCUACUCUGGCCUGCCCUACGCUGGCCUGCCCUACUCUGGCCUGCCCUACGCUGGCCUGCCCUACUCUGGCCUGCCACUGACUGGUGCUCAGCCUUACUCUGGUCUGCCUGUUGCUCACGCCUCACCCGUCACCUACGCUGCCGCUGCCGCCCCCGCCCUGGUGGCACCCGCACCUUACUCCGUCCACACCCAAAACAAGGUGGAGGUAGCCGUCGAACCUGUCGAGAACCACGGAUACGUCAUCAAGUACUAAACGCUAUGACGACCACACACCGGAAGCUGCACGCCCACGGCACGCCAACACCACGCCCACCAGGCUAAAAACACCAUGCCUACGAGGCCGAAUAACGCCCAUGGGCCCCAACACACCAGAUGGGGCCCAUAAACCACGCCACCUGGGCCCCAACACGCCAGAUGGGGCCCAUAAAUCACGCCAGCGAGGCCCCAACAUGACCACCCAAGGGCCCCAACACGCCCAUGUCCCUCGCUAGUGCCCCGCCCACAGACACAGCCGGGCGGGGUAGAGUGAGGGUGAGGGCGAUAGACUUCAUCAGUCUUCUCCACGCCAGGACCACCUCCUCUGUAAACUCUCUGUAAAAAUAUAUUUAUAAAACUCUA